AUUGGUUCUUUAUCGUCCAGUAUCAGGAAAGCAUUAUUCCCUUUCGUUGUGCAAGAGCCUCCAGCUGAGGGGGAAGCGUCCUCUGAUGUUGUAGAGCAGGAAGCUUUACCACAAGAUCCCGUCAAAGCGGACGUUGUAGAGCAGGAGGCUUUGCCACAAGUGGAUGUGGAGGAGAG